AUGUCCCAAAAAAUUGAUGUAACAAAACUAAAUGUCGAACAAUUGAGUAUUGUAAAACAGCAAUUUGACCAGGAACUACAGCAUUUUUCCCAAUCUCUACAAGCUUUGAAUAUAGCAAGGGAUAAAUUUAAGGAUUGUAUAGAUGAUGUCAAUGCAGUCUCUAACCCAGAAAAUGAAAACAAUCCCAUUUUAAUACCCUUAAGCAAUUCAUUAUAUGCUUCUGGACAGGUAAAGGACUGUACAAAAUUUAUGGUUGAUAUUGGUACCGGUUAUUUUAUAGAAAAAACAACCAAGGAAGCUAUAAACUUUUAUCAAGGGAAAGUUGAAAAAUUAAAUAAGGAGUCUCAACAAAUACAAAGUAUUAUAAAAGAAAAGAGUAUGUCAUCUAUUGCCAUAGAAAACAGAAUAAGACAAUUAUUAAUAGAAAAACAAAAGCAACAGCCAAAAGAAUAA